UAUUGUUAUAAACAUGGCAAGACAGACUGGAAAACUUCUUAAACAACUAAGAUCACUGAUGAGAGGGAACAUAAAAGCAAACAUAAAGGAACCUAUACAAGCAUAUAUCAUUCCUUCAUGUGAUGAACAUCAGAGUGAAUAUUUAGCUAACAGUAGUCGACGAUGGUUUAUAUCUGGUUUUGAUGGGUCCUCAGGUACAGCAAUAGUAACAAUGCAAAAAGCAGCUUUAUGGACUGAUGGAAGAUACUUCCUACAAGCAGAAAAACAACUGGAUGCUAAUUGGACAUUAAUGAAGGAUGGUAAGUGA